AUGACUUUCACCGCUGUCGUCGUCUACCCCAAUGAGCCGGACACCACGUUCGAUACCGACUACUACCUGAAGACCCAUAUGCCUCUGGUGGCCCAGCACUGGGGACCCGCCGGCCUGAAGGGCUGGAGCGUCGUCAAGUACGAGCGUGAUCUUGAGGGUACUUCCCCCAAGUACCUGAUUGCUGCCACUCUGGUUUGGGAGAGCGAGGAGGCCGUCAAGGCGGCUGUCGCCGGAGAGGCGGCGGCUAUCGUCUUCGGUGAUAUCCCCAACUUCACCAACAAGAAGCCCAUCACUUUGGCCGGUAGCGUUAUUGGAAGCCAGGAGAUCUCUUAA